AUGGAUACAAAUUUCCAACGGUGGUUUAUCUUAAUUGGAGUCUUCUCUACCACGUUAUUUUCGUCCAUGAGUAAUCUGAUCGGCUCUUCGCGUGUUCUUAAUCGCCUUUCUCAUGACAAGCUAUUUGGUUGCCUUUUGAGGCCAGCCAAGAUUGAGAUUGGAGACCGUAACCCUAUCGUAUCUGUCAUUAUCACAUGGCUUUGCGUGGUGGGUGUGUUCCUGAUUGGUGCGAUGAACAAAAUUGCCAAGCUGACUUCCAUUUUCUUCCUUCUAUCUUAUAUGGGAGUGAAUAUUGCAUGUCUGGCACUUGAACUCACCAGCGCGCCUAACUUCAGACCAACGUUCAAAUUCUUUGCUUGGUGGACAUGUGCUCUUGGAGUAGUCUGUACUACCACGAUGAUGUUAGUGGUGGACGCGUCCAUGAGUGCCAUCGGCGUCGUUGUGCUUAUGACUCUAAUUAUGGUCCUCCAUUAUCAAGCACCAACAGUCUCAUCCGGAUCAAUCAGUCAAGCUCUUAUUUACCAUCAAGUUAGGAAGUAUCUGCUAUUGCUUGACGUAAGAAAAGAACAUGUCAAGUGGGUCUUUGAAUUCGUAUUGAUGAUCGCUUGCCCUUCUGAGCUAGGCUGCUUUAGAUACUGGCGUCCACAAAUUCUUCUACUCGUCUCGAGACCAUCGUCAUCUUGCCCACUAAUGGAUUUUGUUAACGAUCUGAAGAAAUCCGGUCUAUAUGUUAUUGGACAUGUCCGUAAGGGUGAUUUUGACUGCGCUGAAGCUGUGGAUCCUCUCCAACAGGUGUUCCCAUAUUGGCUAUCAUUGGUGGACUAUUUAAAGCUGAAGGCUUUUGUUGAACUUACUCUUUCAAGCAGUAUCAGACAAGGAAUUCAACAGCUUAUGCGACUAUCCGGCCUUGGUGCAAUGAAACCAAAUACUGUUGUGCUAGGGUUCCACGAAGCUACGCCGCUUGACGCAACACUGCAGGUUUGCGAAAUAUUAAAGGCAGCGUUCAGGCAAAUCUUGACCUACGGGGCUCUCAUGUGAAA